GAACUGCACUGAGCUUCGUGCCAUUUCGUAAGAUUUCAUGUAAGUGUGUACAACUGCGUAUAACUGCGUUGCUUCGCAUGUGAGUUGUGAAUGGUGUUGAGAAAAUAUUCGCGCUCCUUGCGUAAAUUUACGUGAUCUUACGUAUAGGUUGCUUAAACAAGGUUCUGUUUUAACUGUCAAACAUGUUUGGGCAAAGCGGAAAUACAUCAUUUAGUGGAUUUAGCACAGCAACGCAAAACAGUCCAUUUGGUCAAUCUGCAUUCGGUAAACCCAUUACUACAACAAGUUUUGGUAGUGGCGCAACACCUGUCUUUGGUAGUAGCAAUACUUCAUCACUCUUUAGUUCUAAGCCCACAGGUUCUACUACAGGUGGCUUGUUUGGCAAUACCACAACGCCACCGGCAUUUAGACAGCCAACUAAUGCUCAACCAUCCUUUGGAGGUUUUGGAACAACAAAUGCAAGUUCUAAUCUUUUUGGUACCCAGCAAAAUACAGGAACAAAUCUUUUCGGUACAAGCACAGGGACUUCAGCCUUUGGUCAAGCAAACAAACCUGGUGGGUUCAGUUUUGGCACAACAUCUGGAACUAAUCUAUUCGGACAACCACAACAGAAUGCGCAACAAACUACUCCGUUUGGUCAAACCAAUACCACCACAAAUACAAAUCUUUUUGGUACAACUACAGGUUUUGGCAAUACCAAUACUACUACUGUACCAACUGGCACUGUAGUGAAAUUCACACCUGUUAUUACGACUGAUUCUAUGUCAAAGAAUGGAAUAUCUCACAGCAUUUCCGCACGUCAUUGCUGCAUUGCAUCUAUGAAGGAAUAUGAAUCCAAGUCAUAUGAGGAAUUACGUUUUGAAGAUUAUCAAGUAGGAAGAAAAGGCCCGCAAACGGGACUUUUUGGAGCAGCACAAACAUCACCGUUUGGUAGCACUGCAGCUGGUACUAGUACAGCUGGGACCGGUUUUGGAUCAAUGACUGGAGGAUUUGGCACCACUAGUCAAUCAGGAUCAACCGGACUAUUUGGAAAACCCAUUACUAAUUUUGGAACACCAGCAACUACAACAACUAACAAUUUUGCAUUUAAUUCUACACCUACCACAAAUCUAUUUGGUCCUAAUACUCAAACGAAACCAUUUGGCACAGCCGCUCCGACACCGCUUUUUGGUACUAGCAAUACCAAUCAAAGUGCUGGUACAGGCUUUGGUGGUAUUAAUACUGGACAAAAUACAGGUUUUGGAUCUGCGUUUGGUUCCGCACAGCCAAAUCAGAGCAUUGGAUUGUUCAAUCAAAACAAAUCUGCUUUUAAUAUACCGUCAACGUCGACUAGUACUGGUUUUACUGGUUUUGGUCAGCCGGCUACAAAUAAUACCACUACACCAUUAUUCGGAAACAAAACCACCACUACUGGCUUCGGAUCAACAUCUACGUUUGGUGCAGCAGUGCCUUCCACAUUCGGAACUAACACUGGUUUUAAUUCGAGCUCGAAUACUGCGUCCUCAUUGUUUAACUCAUCGUUUAAACCAACUGGGCAACCAUCAGGAUUUUCUUUCGGAACUACACCUGCAUCUUCGACUGGACUUGGUACAAACACUGGUUUGAGUUUGAGCGGUGGUUCUUCACUGUUUGGACAACAGAAACCAGGCAGUCUGUUCGGAAAUACUGGAAAUAAUACAACGUUCAACAAUCCUGGAACGUUUGGAUCUUCUAAUUUUGGAAUCAAUUCUAAUAUGAUGUCUGGAACAGGAAUGGGCUUGAUUAGUGGAGGAGUGGCAUCAAACCAAACGAAAACAAACAAUUCAGUACCAGUGCAUCAACAAAUUUUAGCUCUGGUUUCUGCGCCAUUUGGUGACUCGCCAUUAUUAAAGAAUCUUUUACCGGCAUCCGGAAAGACUGAAGAACUCUUGAAACCUACAAAUCCAACAUCGAAAGCAUUGAACAGUCCGCAAUACAGAGUCAUCACCAAUAACAAGUCUCCAAAACUUAAGGCAAGAGUUGUUAGUUCUACACAACUUUCUAAGAAAUCUUUGUUUGAUGGCCUUGAAGAAGAUGAUUCUGUGUUAACUGAAGCUUUUCAACCUCGGCCAAGUGCAAAACGUUUGGUAUUACGACCAAAGUCGACAACAAAUCCCUCAGUUCAGUCUUCUACAGAAAACGGAGAGACAGUAACGAAAAAUGCUGCAACAGAUGACAGAGUGGAUACAUUAAAUACUGUACAGAGUAAUAAUGUUGAAGUUAAUAACAAAGAAAAUCACAGUCAAAAUAAUAAUCGACUUUCGAACGAUCGACGAUCUUCUACAUCUUGGUUGAAGUCGACAAUUCCACGGAGAGGUAAAGUUCCGGAUGAUGAAUUACUUGAGGGACAGCGAUCACCGUUUUCAGGAACAAAUUUAUCCGAAGAAAUAAAUAACACAGUGGUCGAAUUAAGACCGCAAAAUAAUUCAUCAAAUACGAACCAUUCAGAUACAAUUAAUUCGAUUGAAGUGCCGCUGAAUUCUACUUUUGAUGAUAAAAGCUCUACGAGUCUUACUGUGCCAAAUGCAGAUUUAAAUCAGGAAACUGACGAAAAUUUAUUUCCACUGCUACAAUCAAAUUGGAAUAUGAAUAUAGCUAAAAUAACGCUACGACGAGCGGGUUAUUAUACUAUUCCUCCGCUUGAUAAACUAGACGAUUUCGUUUGUGGUGAGACAUGCAUCGUACCGGACUUUACUGUUGGACGCGAAGGUUACGGCAAUGUGUACUUCCCGGAUUCAUUCGACGUGUAUGGUUUGAACCUAGAUGAAAUCGUUCACUUCCGCCAUAAAGAGGUGAUUAUUUAUCCCGACGAUGACAAAAAGCCACCAGUCGGACAGGGUUUGAAUCGACGAGCGCAGGUUACAUUGGAUAAAGUAUGGCCACACGACAAAUCGCUGCAUGAGCCAAUCACAGAUCCGCAGCGACUCGCUGCGAUGAAUUAUGAGGGAAAAUUACGCCGAGUAUCUGCGAAACACGAUACCCGUUUCUUGGAAUAUCGACCGGAGACCGGUUCAUGGGUCUUCAAAGUUGAUCAUUUCUCCAAGUAUGGUCUUAGCGAUUCAGACGAGGAUGACAGUCAGAUACCAUCAACUUCUGGAGCAAAAAAGUUGAAGGGGUUUUCCGCGUCCUUGAAAGGAAAAAGCAUCGAAUCGUCGAUGGCAACGAGUAAGAAUGCGAAGAACGGAGCGAUUAACGGAACGAUUAAUGGAACGAUUGGCAGCCCGACGAUGAGAAACGGCAAGCACCCGGACAUGGAGAGCAAUUUUUUAGGGGAAACUCCUAUUUACCGCUUUUCUUACGACGGCUUCGGUGAUGAGAAUCUAAAAUUGCUUGCCAGGCCGGUUCGGGAAAUUCAACUUGACAGUUCUAUCCUCGUUUCCAGAGAGUAUAGUUACGAGAAACGCAGUCCGGUCGGCGAUAAUGCCCGAGUCACCGGUACAGACAGCCACAAAUUGCAACUCAUGAAGGCAAGCUUCUUCGAUACAAAUGACGAAGAUAAUAGUGAGGAAAUCAGUCGCGACGUGUUUCCCUUCGUGCAGAAAACUCUAAUUCGUUAUUUCCCAGACGUUACCGAAACCAAGAUUGAUGAAACUCCAAUUAAUUACAAUGCCACGGCGUUGCGAUCGAAUUUCAUCAUGAACGAAACACCGUUUCCUGUGAGCCAAGAAAACGCAUUCUAUGCAUUAAACAAAAAAUUGCAACUGCAGCGACCGAUUGAAAAAGCGAUUCUAUCGCCUGCGUUUGCUCCAGUGACAAGCGUGUUGAAGUAUCACUAUGAAGUUGUUCCACUCAAAGAAUCAAGAUUGAAUAAGCGUUUUCGCUGUGUCGCUGAUACCAGCAUACAGAUGGGUAGAAUGUUUCGACCAAGCUGGGGGGCCGGUCUAACCUUGCUGUCUUUGAGCACGCAGGAACAGGCGACGAAAAUGCAAUUGCAGAGCGCAUUCAGUCAGCUGAACCAUUAUGUUUCCGGUCGCCUCGCUGGUGAUACCACAUCGACAGCGAUUGUUCAGCGUUUACAGAUCUUGGGUGGGGACGAGAAUACGAAAGCGUUUCAAGAUAGCAUAGAGCAUCACUUACGGAUUCAACUGGAUCAUUGCGUGAUGGGACACGAGGGAGAUUGUCCCACUUUUACGGUGGCAACUGAUAGCGCGAAUAAAGCACUGCAGUUUCAUUGCAAGUUUGCUCAACAUCUCAGCGAAAAAUCAAAUGAGGAAGUGAACGAUGAACAACAACCGCAGCGCAGCAGUAUUACCGAACGAUCGUUUUGUCAAUACGCGAGCGUCGUAUGGACAUUGUGCGUAGCGCUCUGGGGAAAUUAUCCUGAUCGGGAUACAACUGAAAACGCCAAUGACGAGCACUAUAACGUUAUGAUGCGAAGAGAAGCCAUUGGCGAGUGGCUGAAGAACGUGGUGCAGGAGACAGUCGAAAAAGAGAUCAAGAACGUUGAUAGUGAGGUCAAUAAUUGUCAUGAAAAGAUAAUCUUUUCGCUGCUGUCUGCCUGUAAGCUGGAGGACGCAUGCCAGGAAGCACGCAAAGUUGGCGAUCAUUGCUUAGCAUUGUUGAUGGCGCAGUUGCGUAGCGGUGCGCCGGUCAAGGAACUGAUCAAGCAGCAGCUCGCACUGUGGCAGGAGACUAAUGUGGAUGAAAACCUCGCGGUUGAACGUUUGAAACUAUUCAUGCUGGUGGCGGGUGAACCACUCAUUUCCAGAAAAAAUGAGACGAUCAAUGUCUGCGAGAGUUUAGACUGGAAGCGCGCCUUUGCCAUUCAUUUAUGGUAUUUAUCGUCGUCCACGUGUUCAAUCACAGACGCCCUAGACCUCUAUGAGGCAUCGUUUAACGCGACGGAGACUCAGAUGUACGCAGCGGCGCCAGAACCUGAAUACAGAGAAAAUGAUUACGAUGCCGAAUUGAGUAAUGGCAAGAGGAUAUACGAUCUGUGCUUUCAUCUCUUGAAGUUGUACUGCACAGGAAACCAUGAUUUAGGAGAGCUUCUAAAUCCGUUAUCUUAUACUGCUAAUCCACUGGACUACAGACUAAGCUGGUUAAUGCAACAGAUACUCGUGGCCUUGGGUUACACGCACCUGUCCGAUCACGUUGCCGCGUUAACGCACACGAACUUUGCGACACAAUUAGAGGCAUACGGACUCUGGCAUUGGGCAAUCUUCGUAGUGUUGCAUUUACGAGACUCAUCCAGAAGACGCACCGCUGUACAGGACUUGCUAUUACGUCAUAUAGAAAUAAAUGACACCCCAGAAUAUGUAAAACGUGAACAAUUUUUGAAGGAAGAACUUGGUAUAUCGUUAAUUUGGAUUUAUCAAGCUAAAGCCAUCAAAAGUAGCAUUAAUAAGAGAUAUGGAGAAGCAGCUUGGUAUUAUAUUCAAGCUGAACAAUGGACUCAAGCUCAUGAAAUUAUUAUAGAACAUUUGGCGGCCGAUGCUGUAAUAAAUGAGAAUUGUGAAUAUCUGAAAUCCUUAUUAAACUCGCUAGUACCAAUCGAAUGUAGUAGCACAAUUAGUGGAUGGACACAUCAAGGACAACUCUUGUGGGAGUACAUGGAGAUCACUAGUGAAAUUGAAAAUCUAUUAAAAUCUGCAUCAGAUUAUUGCGGAAUAACUUACCAACUAGAGGCGCUAAAGCCUCGAUUAACAAGUUUAUGUUACAAAAUUGAUCAAUUUCCAUGUCCAACUGCUAAACACAGAUUAUGCCAGGCUGAAAUUGCAAAAAGGACUCUACAUUUGACUCGAAAUUUGAUGUUGUUGGAGAAAAAUGAAAAAAAAUCUGUUACAAAGUUGUUGGUUCGUUUAAUAUCUCAGCUACCUCUACCGGAAGAUUAUGCGCAGCAGGAGCUUCGACCUAUUGUUAAUAUGCGUGUAACCGAAGUAGUGUCGCGAUGAAUACAGAAUACAAAUACAGAUAUAUACAAAUUAAUUUAUCGACCAUGUAGUUGUAAAGCUUUUAUGUUUCUAUAUAUAACUGAAAGAACAUUCGUUUUUUUCUCUUUGUAUACAAUUAUAAGUUAUAACGCCAGAAAAAAACAAGUGUAAAGUUUGUUUCGGCAUCUAGAAAUUCUGAUACAGUAUAUGCAGUAAAGAUAAGGAUAGUAAUAAAUUACACGUUUGUAUAAUACAUUUAUGAAAGCUAAAAAUUAUAACUGGACACUUGGCAAAAUAUAUUUACGUUAUAUCGCUUAAGCCUUAACUUUUUUAUUGAUUUGCGCAAAAAAAUUGAGUAAUUUAAGAAACAUAUGACCAUAAUACAGAUGUAUUUUCAUGCGUAAUGUAAUUAAGUGUAAUGGAUAAAGUUAAAGAAUAUGAACAAGAGUUUUGUAUUUAAUUCUAUCUUUAUUUUUUACAUAGUACAUUGAUACGUUGAUUACACUGUUUUGCGUGAGCUUGUUUUAUGGGAAAGAAUAAUAGUUUUCCAGUUUUCAUAUGUUGUUUUUUUAUACGUCGACUUCAAAUCCAACCUUUAAAAGUUUGUAUUAUGUGUAGAUUUUUAAAAAUCGAAGAAAUA